CAGUAAGCAAGACGUCGUCAGCCCUACCGGUACGCGAAACGCGGGGUUGCUAGCGUGGAAGCGACCCACAAGAGCGGACGACCGUGGGGGUGCCCUUGGCGCUAGAAGCAGAGUCAUUCGAGGUAUCUGGACUGGAGACUGCAAAGGCCUGCCGACUUCUGUCUCACGGUGAUCUUGUUUCGGCAACGGCUCCAAGUCUCAUCAUCGUCUGAUGCUUGGCGUAGGGCGAGGCUGAAAGCUCGUGCAACCGCAGUUCUGAGCUGAGGACGUCAACCUCAGCAACUCCCAGCUGUCCGUACAGACCACCCAACCCCAGUGAUCCUUCAUUUUCUCGUAGUAACGGCGUCCUGAUCGCACCCUUGCUGACCGGUCUUCCACCCACCAUCAUGGUGUUCAAAAAGGACCGCGUCAGACCCACAGCCUACCCAUUCCUCCCUUUCCACGCGCUCCGCACCGCACAGCUCGUCUCCUCGCUCAUAGUAGCCUCAAUCAUGACCUAUUUCCUGCGCGAGCUGUCCGCGAACGGCUACUCCCUGCCGUGGACCUUCAUACUCCUCCUCGCAGUCUCCACCCUAACCACCCUCUCCCUCGCCGUGACUGUACUCCUCCACAUCCGGCACGGGCUGAACCCAUACCUGAACCUCAUGCUGAACGGGAGUCUAGCCGUGCUUUGGACAGUCUCGUUCUCGCUGCUAGCAUGGUGGAGCUCCGCAACGCUCGCAUCCGCCUGCGCAGUCGAGACCUGGGACUCCUCGCUCGGCCAGACCGUGUGCCGGACGUACAAGGCGCUGUUUAGCUUCGCGCUGCUGGGGCUUAUGGCGACGCUGGCUGCGACGGCGCUCGAUGUGCAUGUGCAGCGCAGCGGUACGCGCAAGGGCAGGUUUCAGAGCUUGGCGCUGCAGAGUGGGAAGGCGGGGCCGCGGGAGCUCGAGAGUGAUGUUGAUGCGGAGCUAUGGGAUACUAAUCCGAAUCCUGUCGCGUUGGGCGCGGUUCGAGCGAGGAGUGGGGGGUAUGCGCUGCCGGAAGAGCAGUUUGGGUAUGCGGAUACGUCGUAUGACGGGGCUGCUGGACAGGUGGGGAGACGGAGCGUGGAUGAGAGGUUGUGAUCUGGAUGUAACGCAGUCUGGGUGCGAUCCAUCACUUUCAUCUCCCGUGAAGGCUUCCAGACAGCCUGUAUACGUCGACUUUAUCUCUCUUGCCCUGCAUCCGCUGGUCUGGGAUGAAAGGGGGGUACGAUCUAGGCCGGGCCAUCACUGGUUUGCACUUUUCUCCCAGCUACGUCCCCCACCUUGACUUUCUAGUUGAUCACUUCUUCUCUCGUGAUGAUGCCGUCCACUGCUCUGGAUUUACGCCGACUCAACUGCACAUCUGCUUGAGGGCUUGCUCAGAAUGUCACUCUGGCCACAUCAACACCAGCUUCCACAGCCUGGAUAUUUCUCAUCACUAUCCUUCGCUCUUUACCACUCACUUGGAUGUUAAUCGCUGCUUCUCGUCGUCUGUGGAUGUUUGUUCGCUUUCACU